AUCACCUAGUAAAAUACGAACGACGUUUAACAACACCCUUAACUAACAUAACUCUCCGUAAUAGUCAAAGCUCUACAUUAAAAGUCAUCAAAACAAAUUGAAACAAUAUUUAGGGAAAAAAGGCCUAAGAUUCAAAAAUAAAAAAGAAUUAAAAAUGUAGUCGUAGAUCACAACUACCGGUGAACACAGAAGUAGGGCCAACUGACACAUCGAUUUGGGGGUUGUUUAAUCAGUGUUUUUGGCCUCGUUCACUGCUCCCCCUCUCUCUCACCUUUUCCCUUCUUUAAAGCUUACCACACUCCCCCUCUAUUCUCCCCCUUUCUCUCUCCUCUUCCUCCCCCCCUAAACCCCCACUAACCCCUCUUCACUCUCUCUCUCUCACUCUCACUCUCAUUUCCUCUUUAUGCUAAUUUAUUAAUUUUACGGUCUUCAACAUUAGGCCCUUCUUCUUCUUCCUCCUCUAAUGGCUUACAUGUGCGCUGAUAGUGGUAAUCUCAUGGCUAUUGCUCAACAAGUCAUCAAACAACAGCAACAACAACAACAACACGAACAUCAACAACAGCAACAACAAACCCACCAUAAUCAACACCACCAUCAAUCUCAAUUUCUCAGCCCAAAUAACCCCUUUUUUCUCAACCCAUGGGCCGUCCCUGUUCCGCCCAUGUCCACCAGCCCACCACCCCCUUUGGGCUUCGGCGGCGGUGGUCCGCCCUUUCACGACCCUUUUCAAGUCGGCCCACCACCGCCUGACGCCAACGAGCCUUGGUUAGACCAUACUUCUACGACGUCGUUUCGAUUUGCUGAUUUUUGCGAUGGGGCGCCCGGUGAGUUUGACUCCGACGAGUGGAUGGAGAGUUUAAUGAGUGCUGGUGGUGGUGCCGUUGAAGCCGGUAAUAAUGAUGGGUCUAACCUUCAAUCCGCUUGUGACGCGUGGCAAGGCGUAAGCGGCGCCGCUGAUUUUAGUCUUUAUGAUGGUGUUAAUGCUGAUCCUUUUGCCACGUGUCCUAAUCGGAUCAAUGUUGCGAUUUCUCCACCGUCGGAUCUCGCUCGAGUUAUUUACUCGGAUGCAGAUAAGACCGUUACAACACAACCAUGGGUCCCACCUUCUCCUCCAUUAAAGGACCCACAAUCGCAACCACUCGAACCUCCUCAAAACCAAAACGACGCCGCCGCUGUUGCCGCCGCUAUUGCCGAAGAAGAACAAGAACAAGAGCAUUCAUGGCCGCCAUUAAUUACUGCUUUACUGGAUUGUGCUCGCGUUGCGGAGUCUGACCCUGAACGUGCCGUUAAAUCACUGGUUAGACUCAGAGAUUCAGUCUCACAACACGGCGAUCCUACUCAACGAGUUGCGUUCUACUUCACCGAGGCUCUUUCUUGCCGUCUUUCUCCUCCGAUAUCUUCCUCAAUCGUUCAAACGACGGCGUCUGAGGAGUGUACUCUGUCAUACAAAGCAUUAAACGACGCGUGCCCUUUCUCUAAAUUUGCGCAUUUAACAGCAAAUCAAGCUAUACUUGAAGCCACUGAUGGAGCAGAAAAGAUCCAUAUUGUUGAUUUUGGGAUAGUACAAGGAGUCCAAUGGGCCGCUCUUUUACAAGCCCUUGCAACUCGGCCCACCGGAAAGCCCAAUAAGAUUCGGAUCUCCGGGAUUCCUGCUCCAGCACUAGGGGAAUCUCCGGCGAGUGCUCUCUUCGCUACUGGCAACCGUCUUCGAGAGUUCGCGAAAGUUCUAGAACUCAACUUCGAGUUCGAACCAGUUCUCACCCCAAUCCAGGAGUUGACCGAGUCAAAUUUCCGGGUUGACCCGGAUGAGGUACUUACAGUUAACUUUAUGCUCCAAUUAUACAAUCUUUUAGAUGAAACAACAAUUGAAGUAGAAGCUGCAUUAAAACUUGCUAAAUCACUGAAACCGAAGAUAGUUACACUUGGUGAAUACGAAGUGGGUUUAAAUCGGGUGGGUUAUUUGACCCGAUUUAAAACUGCAAUCAAAUACUAUUCCUCUGUAUUCGAGUCGCUUGAGCCGAAUAUGGAUAGGGAUUCAGUGGACCGGGUUCAGGUAGAGAGGUUGAUAUUCGGGCGGAGAAUAAUGGGGUCAGUUGGGCCGGAGUUACCGGGAACCAGAAGAGAAAGGAUGGAAUGCAAAGAAGAAUGGAAAGGAUUAUUGGAGAAUGCCGGUUUUGAGCCGGUAACCCUUAGCCAUUAUGCAAAUAGUCAAGCUAAGAUAUUGCUGUGGAAUUAUAAUUAUAGUUCAUCCUAUAAGUUGGUGGAUUCUCCACCAGGGUUUCUUUCUCUUGCUUGGAAUGAUGUCCCUCUUCUCUCUGUUUCUUCUUGGCAUUGAUUAAUUAAUUAGCUAGUGUGUUUUUUUUAGUUAUAAAUUAGGGUUUUUUUUUUUUUUUUUUUUGGAUUAAGUAAUUUGGUUUCUAUAUAGGAAUGUAAUUGGGAUAAUGGGGUUAUUAUUUUAUUUUGUUUAGGGGUUUUUCUUUGAUUUUAGGCUAGAAAUUGUCCAAUAAUACAAGUGUAAAAAGAAUAUGGGAGAAUGAAAUGGGGUUAUGCAAAUGUUUUACUUGUAUCUAUUUUCCUUCUUGGUGUUAAAUUGCAUGUUUCCCCAUCUUCCGAUGAUGAUGUAUAUAGCAAGGUUCAUCAUUUUUCAUUCAAA